AUGAACGGCCGGAUCAACAACCUCGCUGAUACCCUCACAACUGCUGUCGUGGAAACCAAGAAGGUGUUGCGAAACGGAAGAAACAUCGACUUAGCGUGUUUCCAAGCAUAUAUGACUAUGGAUGUUUAUGUUGUUGCCGUCCUAGCGUUCUUCUCUACGUCGGACGCCCUCCAUAUCACGGAUGAGACGAUUGAAAAAUAUCUACUCCUCGAAUAUGACUAUGUCGUCGUUGGCGGAGGCAUAUCUGGAUUAGUGUUAGCCAACCGCUUGAGCGAGAAUUCUAACGCGACUGUCCUGGUGAUCGAAGCGGGGAAAUUGGACCGUCGAGAAAAUCGUGUAAUCAUUCCAGGCUAUAUUGGUCGAGUGCCUUCGUCUGGCUACGGCCACAAUGUCCUCACUGCACCCCAGACGUUCCUUGACGGAAAACCACGCAACAUAAAUCAAGGAAAAGUUAUCGGUGGUGGCUCUGUUGUGAAUGGAAUGUGUUGGACCAGAGGUUCAGCUGCAGACUUUGAUGCCUGGGAGAAGCUGGGCAAUCCGGGCUGGGGAUGGAGCAAUCUCCUGCCUUACUUCAAGAAGGUCGAAAGGUACACCAUCAACGUCGACCAGAGACACCGGGAUGAGUUCAACAUAAAUCCCGACAUGACCCUCCACGGAACGGACGGGGCCGUCAAAGUUGCGUACCCCCGGCAUUUCUACAGCACAUCGAGCAAUGUCCUCCGAGGACUUUCUGAGAUCGGCGUUGCCAUCUCCCCCGACGUCAACUCAGGGGACCCUACUGGUGCGAUGGUUGUCGCGUCGAGCAUGUCCCCCUCAAACCAGACGCGGUCCGACGCAAGAACCGCUUACUUCGAUACCGCGAUUUCCCGCUCAAAUCUCCAUGUUGUUACAGGACAAACAGUUAAACGUCUGGUUCUAGGAUUACCUGGCUCGCCACCCCGUCGUAGGGUCCGUCGUAUCCUCGGUGUUGAGGUGGGCCUCUCGGUUUGCCCAUGGCGGGCAUGCGCCCUCAAAUACCACGCUGGCGAAUGGAGGACUCUCAUAGAGCACGCCAGAAACCAGUCCUUCGACUUUCUGCCGCUCGAUACUCCCCCUACCGUGGUCUCCGGCUUCAAGAGGCAGAAGGCCCUUCUUCUAACCCAGCUAGAACGCGAAGAUGUCGGGGCUUACGAGCUCCUUGCAGCGUCGUGGGGUCAAAUAUCAAUUGCAAACCAAAAGCCCCUUUCGCGCGGCAUCGUUCGGCCUUCCUCAUCCUCCGUCUUCGACGCACCUACAGUCGACCCAAGAUAUUGCGCCGACCCCAUGGAUUGCAAAAUUAUCAGGCUUGGCCUGCAGCUGGCGCAAAAUCUAAUGAGCACGAAGGCGAUGAAGUCGCUCCGUCCCGUUACUGACGCGAGAUUCAACUCGUCAGACCCAAGGCAUUUGAUGGCGGCUCUGAAGCCUCUUGUUGGGACGGAGUUUCACCCUAGCGGCACUACAAGCAUGAUGCCGAAGCAUCUUGGAGGGGUUGUUGAUUCCAAGUUGAAGGUUUACGGUACUUGCAAUCUGCGGGUUGUAGACGCGGGUAUCAUGCCUAUAAUUCCUGGUGGUCAUAUUCAGGCGGCCGUGUACGCCGUAGCAGAGAAGAAUAAGUAUUCAUCAUCUCUUAAUGGUUUCAUGGAUGAGUCCGAAGUUGAGAACGAGGGGGAAGUACCACCCCGCCGCUCCCUCCAUCUCGCACCACCGUUUCUCCUCGAGGAUUACAUCCCGCGGUACAUGACAUUAUCGUCCAUUGAUGAAUCCAAGAAACGAUCCAAGGCUUAUGCCCACCUGUCCAAAUGCAAUCUGUGUCCGCGUCUAUGCGGUGUCAAUCGCUUCGAAACUACGGGAAUGUGUCUGAUCGGCGACAACACCAAGGUCAACGUGAUUGCGCCGCAUUUUGGUGAAGAACCGUGUGUUCAGGGGCAUAAUGGAAGCGGUGCCGUGUUCUUUUCGGGCUGUAACCUGCGCUGUGUCUUCUGCCAGAACCAUGACAUUGCCCAUCAGCGUAACGGUCAGGACCUGACGCCGGAGGAGCUGGGCGAAUGGUAUCUCAAAUUGCAACAGGUCGGUCGCGUUCACAACAUCAAUCUCAUAACUCCUGAACAUGUCGUUCCGCAAGUGGUUCUGAGCAUCCUCCACGCGAAGGAGCUAGGUCUGAAGAUACCCAUCAUCUACAACACGUCCAGCUUCGAUUCCCUGGAGUCAUUGGAGCUCCUUGACGGCCUGGUUGAUAUCUAUCUCCCUGACUUCAAAGUCUGGGAACCAAGCACAUCAAAGCAGCUGCUGAAAGCAGACGACUACGCGGCCACGGCGCGCGAGAGCAUCAAGGCGAUGCAUGAGCAGGUGGGCGAUUUGUGCUUCACCGGUGACGGCAUCGCCAAAAAGGGUCUCCUUGUGCGCCACUUGGUUAUGCCGGGAAAAGAAGAAGAGGGGCGGCGGAUCAUGGAGUUCUUGGCUAAGGAGGUCUCCCGUGAUUGCUUUGUCAACAUCAUGGAGCAGUACCACCCAGACGCUCAUGUUGGCAAAUCUAAAAGACGUACUAAAGGUGGCGCCGAAUCACAAGGAGAAGAACUCCGAUACAGUGAAAUCAACCGAGCCGUGUCCGAUGGCGAGGUCUCGACAAUCAGGAAGGCUGCCGAAGCAGCCGGUCUCUGGCGGUUUUGCGAUCCGCCUAGACACGACGGCUUCAACAUCUGA